UGAGCCCGAGGGCGAGGCGGCCGGGAAGAUGACCACCGAGGAGCAGCAGCAGCAGCAGCAGCGACACUGGGUGGCCCCGGGUGGCCCGUUCUCUGCCGAGACCCCCGGGAUGCCCUCGCCCAUCGCUGCCCUGAAGAACGUGGCUGAAGCUCUGGGCCACUCCCCCAAGGACCCCAGUGGGGGUGGGGGCCCCGGGCGUGCAGGGGGUGCCAGCCCAGCGGCCUCCUCCACGGCCCAGCCGGUAGCCCAGCAUCGCCUAGUGGCCCGAAAUGGCGAUGCCGAAGUCAGCCCGACCGCCGGGGCAGAAGCUGUGAGCGGGGGUGGUAGCGGCACCGGGGCGACCCCUGGAGCCCCCCUGUGCUGUACCCUCUGCCGGGAGCGGCUGGAAGACACCCACUUCGUCCAGUGCCCCUCAGUGCCCGGACACAAGUUCUGCUUUCCCUGCUCGAGAGAGUUCAUCAAGGCGCAGGGCCCUGCGGGUGAGGUGUACUGCCCCAGCGGAGACAAGUGCCCGCUGGUAGGCUCCUCUGUCCCCUGGGCCUUCAUGCAGGGCGAGAUCGCCACCAUCCUCGCUGGAGACAUCAAGGUUAAGAAAGAACGGGACCCCUAGGCCACCACUGCCACCAGUCUACUGCCCCGUCCCCUUGCCGCCCCCCGCUGCUGCGGAUAAAUUAUUCCCUCCCUUCCCCAGCCCAGUGCCACCCCCACUGUGUACAUACUCCCUUCCUCCUCCCAGAGGGGUCCCUGGGGUAGACGCAUUGAGGGUGGGGGGAGAAAGCUCGUGGCUUCUGUCUGAGGGGGGUGUUUGGGGUCCCUUGGCCCCUCCGAUUUCCCUCUCCCCUCCUUGGCUUAGCUUUGCUGCUGCUCGUAGUUGGGGAAGAGGCGGCCCGUCCUCCUUGAGAAGGGCCUCCCGGAAAUGUCGCUCUUUAUAAAUGAAGCAAAAGCAUUUUAUUGCUCCCCUCUCCUGCCCCCUUUCCUCCUUCAAUAAACCGAAAAAUGGGUUUUUUCCUU